AAUACUGUGACUCAGCAGGAGGCACCGCGGAGGGGGUACAGGAGGUGUGAGGCUCUCCCGAGGCAAGGGGGGCUCCGGCUGUCCCGGUCCCAUCGUUUCUCCAUCCAGUGACCCGCUGGAUGGACCUCUCUGACCCCACAGGUCCUGCCGCCCUCCCCAAGCACAUUCUGGACAUCUGGGUCAUCGUCUUGAUCAUCCUGGCCACCAUCCUCAUCAUGACAGCUCUGGUGCUCUGCCCAGCCACUGCCGUCAUCAUCUACCGGGUACGGACUCACCCCACACGCAAUGGCAUCGUGUGAGGUGGAGGCAGAGGCAACGAGGGACAGCCAGCUUGCUGGGCAGGGGCCCACAGCUGUGGGACCCUGUACUGGGGACCCUGCAGAGCCCAAUGGGGGCACCCCGAGACCUGAGGAGAGAUGAGCAGGAGCUGGGGUGGGCUGGUACCCAGAUGCCUGCCCCUGAACCUGGCUCUCACUGAGUGAACCUGUUGCCUCCUAUUUACUGAGCUCAUGGGGACCGUCAGGGAGAUG